CUCUCUCGUCUCCAAAAGGACACGGAGUUCCCAGGGAUAGUGGCCAAACCGAUCGGAGACUUCAGGAGUGCCUCAGACUACCAGUACCAACUGCUACAGACCAACGUGAACCUCCUCAAACUCAUCCAACUCGGGAUCACCUUCUACAACAACGAGGGAGAGAGACCUCCGGGCAUCUCCACCUUCCAGUUUAACUUCAAAUUCUGUCUCAGUGAGGACAUGUAUGCGCAGGACUCCAUCGACAUGCUGACGCAGGCCGGGAUCCAGUUCAAGCGGCACGAAGAGGAAGGGAUCGAGAUGUCCAACUUUGCCGAGCUGCUGACCUCCUCUGGGCUGGUUCUCAGAGAAGAGAUCAGCUGGAUCACCUUCGCCAGUGGCUAUGACUUUGGCUACCUCAUGAGAGUCCUCACCUGUCAGAAACUGCCGGAGGAAGAGAGCGAUUUCUUCGACCUCAUGUCCUACUUCUUCCCGAAAGUCUACGACGUAAAGUACCUCAUGAAGUCGUGCAAGAACCUCAAGGGUGGCCUGCAAGAAGUCGCAGAUUCUCUGAAGCUGGAGAGGGUGGGCAAACAGCACCAGGCUGGCAGCGACAGCUUCCUCACUGGAGCUGCUUUCUUCAGGAUGAAACAAGUGUUUUUCGACGACCACAUAAACGAAGAGACGUACUGUGGGAAUGUGUUUGGGCUUGGUAACUCGUACUCCGGCAACGGAUACACACUCACAGAUGCAUCCCAAUAGUCCCAACUCACCCCCCACACAACACACCGCUACCCGUAGAGACCCAGAUAUGUUUUAUCUUUUGUCCACUACCUCAAAGGCUUCUUUUGUAUUCCCUUAGCUCCGCAAACACUGUCAUAUUGAGUUACUAUAUACAUCACCGCCCUCACCGCCUCUCUUGCUGUAAACUUUCCCUCUCACUCUCUCUCUUCGCAAUUCAUCCCAACAAAACACAAAAAACUCAAGACUUUGUGAGCUCAGUUAUCCGUCCAUCCAACUCUUAUACUAUUUGGUUUCUUUUCGUCACCCUGUGGUCACUUUUGGUCACUUUGGUCACCUGCAUGUGGACCACCACUAUGCCACUAUGGUGCGUGAGCCCCUACACUAAAUAUACAAUGAAAUAAUUAUUAGUCAUUAUUUUCAACAUAACAUUUCCUC